AUGGCCCAGAUCCACUGGCUAGUGGCAGGAGUGAUGCUCUGCUCCACGGCCUGCUCUCUUGGCGGGGACUCGCCUUGGACCGGUAGCCUAGGAAAAACGGAAAUCCUCAUGCUGUUGACGCAGCUGGCAAGUAUCCCCUCUCAGUCAUGCCUGAAUGACAGAACCGACUUCAGAUUUCCUGGGGAAACAGAGACUAUCACCCAUAUUGAGAGGACACAGGGAAUCUGUUUCCACCAGGAGAUGCUCCAGCAGAUCUUCAACCUUUUCAGCACAGAGCAUAGCCGUGCUGCUUGGAACAACGCUCUCCUCAACCAGCUACUCUCUAGACUUGAUUACAGCCUGGAACAGCUGGAGCAGAUGGAAGAAGAAAAUCUGGCUUGUCCCUAUUUGGGAAUUGUUGUCCGGGAGUACUUUCAAGGAAUCCAUCGCUAUCUGAAGGAAAAGAAUUUUGGCCCCUGUGCCUGGGAGAUUGUCAGAGUGGAAAUGCAAAAGUGCCUUUCCCUCAUGUAA